AUGCUCUGGAACAGAAAAGGAUUGCAGAAACAAAUCAGACUUUCAUCAGCAGCUGGAUUACAAAGAAGCCAGAAGUGGAGGGUGUCCAAGUCAAAGACACAGGAUCUCCAUAUGAGCGAAAAGGACAAACAAAUUCAAAAAAUGCUGGAAGACAUCUGGAAUGGACAGCCACCCUACGAUGACAGUCCAGAGACCUUCAUAGAUUCAGUUCUCAAUGCUAUUGAUUACAAAGACUUCCCUGCCUUACAUUCAAUGCUUGGUGCUUUGAACCUCUAUCUUGAUCUGGAGCUGUCAUAUGGUUGGUGUGAAGUGUCCUUUGUGGCCUUGAAAUCACUAGGCCUUGAAAUCAAUCAUGCACACAACAUAUGGACCUGGAUUCAUCACUUUCUUCAUGAUGAGAAGUUCCCGCUCCAUCAAUACGGUCAAUACCACUCAUCAAUUCUUGAGGACGAAGAUUUUGCACAAGAUAUUCAACUUCACCUGUCUGAAGUCCAGCAACAGGAGGGCUGCAUCCAAGCUCAAGAUAUUGUGGACUAUGUUGCCAUACCAAAAGUGCAGGAGAGGCUUGGUGCCAAGGUCAAAGUAGUUUCAAAACAGACAGCACAGUGGUGGCUGUGCAAACUCGACUGGCAUUAUGGACAAAAGCAAAAUUAUACACCAAAGGGCUUCCCUAUUGCUCAAGCUGGCCAAUUUCGUCUCAUUCUUAUAACACACAAUGAAUCAACAUUCUAUGCCAACAACCAUCACAAAAUGGGGUGGUCUCACUUAAAUAUGUUAACAUCUGAAUGGGGCAGGUUGCAGCAUGGUGAUGAGCUUAUUUAUGUUCAACAAUGCACCAAGUCACCAAAAACGAGCACCAGAUGCUUUGUCAGCUCAGAAAAUGUCAAAAAGACCUUGCCAGAAUUGGACACAAGAGAUUCCAUCAACCCUGAUACCUCUGUCCUGUUCUCUCCCACACUGUCAUCUUCCAUUCUUGAACAAGAAGAUGCCAAUAUUCCAACAUCACAGUGGCUAAUGCCUUUUUUUGAGGGCGAGAAGGAAAAUGUUCAAGUUGGGUCUGGUUCUUGCAAGCAGAAAAGUAAUAAUGCUGGCCUUGCAAAUGACAAGAAAGCUCGUAAAUCCACAUAG